AUGUCUCGUCUGAGUCCUCUUCAAUCAACAUCAGAAAAUAAUACUCUAUUUAUUCUAAUGGGUGGACCAGGUGGAUCAGGUUGGAGUCUAAUAGAAAAUGCUGCAUUACUCAUUCCAGCUCAAGUUGGGAUUACUCUAGUAUUACCUGAUCAUCGAGGUACAGGACUAUCGACAGUGUUGGGCUGUGAUGAUAAUGAUUCACAAACAAUCACGACAGACUGUAUUACUUAUUUGAUAUCGAAAUGGGAUAUCGAAGGAUUAAAUCAAUUUUCGAUAACAGCAGCUGCACAUGAUUUAUCGGUACAAAUUCAAGUCUAUCAAGUCGAUCAUCCUGGACGUAUUUCGAUUUACAGUGUUUCGUAUGGUACCCAAUGGUUAGAUCGUUUUCUACAGAUCUAUCCUACAUUAAUUCAAUCAGCCAUUAUGGAUGGUGUGGUCAAUCCUAUUUUGGCAUCUAGCAGUCGUUAUGAUUUGUUUGCAUCAAACGUUGGAUUACAAUUCCUAGCCUAUUGUCAGCUACAACCAGAAUGUCAUAGCUAUUUUCCAGCCGAUCAACCACCUUAUGUCAUGCUCUAUCGCAUUCUAGCCGAGUUAGAUAAUAAUAAGCAGCAAUGUAUCAAGAAAUAUUUCAAUCAAUAUUCACUCAAUUCCGAAAAGCUACGCAAUUUAUUUUUUAAGAUGAUCCAAAUGGGAGAAACUUAUAUGGAUCGUACUGUAAUUCCAGCUAUAAUAUUUCGUUUAAAUCGUUGUAGUAUAGACGAUGUAAAGGUAUUGAAUUUCUUCUUUCGUUCAAAUUUAAAUAAGACUGAUCGAAGGCAAACGAAAGAGAAUAGUCCUGCAUUUCUAUUUUCUAAAGUUCUUAAUUACAACAUUAUUCAAUCGGAGAGAUGGUUAGCACCAAAUCAAUCUGAAAUCGACAAAGAAACUGUUCUUGUUUGGUAUAAUUCGGCUCUCAUGACGCCAAACAAUGCCGUCAAGUUGAUUUCAUUUCGUGCUCAAUGGCCAAAAUAUCCUUUAGAUCAAUAUUACGCGAAGGUGGCCUCGUAUACACCAUUGUUAAUGCUUUCAGGUCAAUUGGAUCCGUCAACAACGUUCUAUCUAGCUUCUCAACUCGCAUCGAUCACAUCGAAAACACGAACAUUCUAUGCGAUUCCACUAGCUGGACAUGUUACUGUAAAUAUUGCCAAAGUUGGAUUUUAUUGUCCAUUGCGUUUAGUGUGUGCAUGGGCAUUUCCAAAUAAUUUUCCGUCGGAAUGGAAUGAUCCACAAUGUAUUCGCUAUCUGCCAACUACUAUUGAUUUCGUCGGUGCUACUCCAUUAGGACAAAAAUAUUCCAUGAAACUCUUGAAUAUCAGUCGACCAUUUGGAAAUGAUAGCUAUGAUCCGACUCCGAAAUUAUGUUUUGUUUAUUUAAUUAAUUGA